GCCCUUACUAAUUUAAUUUUGGUUUGCAAGCUUUAUUGUAAUACUCUAAGUAGUAAAGUAUUUGUGUAUGGGGUUAUAAUAUUUGCUGUAGUACUUUGAUUGGCUUAAUAUUUGCAGGAACAAUGCAGUAAUUAGUCUAAAAAGGAAACUGGUUAGCACUUUACCUUGAAGAUAAUUUUCAGAAAAUGGCCUUCUCUAAUUGCAGUGUUCCUUCUCUAAUUGCAAAAUUACCCUUAUUCCAUCAGAAACAUACAACAGAUGCUUAAUAUAAUUGUUUAGUAUGUGUGCAACAAUUUGGCAAUGAUAAGUGUUCUGUGGGAUAGGCACAGUGCAUGUAAACUGUGGGAGUAGUAGUUUAAAACUUAAAAAUAAUUCAACAUCUGGUGUUCUCUGCCUGAUUAAAGGAUAAACUAAGAUUGAAUCUACUAAUAUUGAAUAAAACAGAAAAAUUGGCAAAACCUUAAACCCAGUAGUAAAAACCUAGGUAGCUGCAGCCAGGCAUGUUUGAAGUCAAUAAUUCUCAAACAAUUUGAGUGCAUUUCUGUCUAUAAUUUUUAAAUGUAUAUGUGUUUGUGUUUAUGUUCAUGAAUUUGUGAAUGCUUGUGUUUGACAGGAAUCAUUUCUGAGGUGAUAACUGUGUUUACUAUUAUUAUUCAUGCUCCUGUAGACAACAUAUAUUCACUGGCUUGAUGACCACAGGUUUCAAAGAGGAAAAGUUCCUUUUUAUGGUUCACAAAUUUUCCAGUAUUUGUCUGUAGAUGAUAAAUGCAGUGUUUGAACAAUAAAGAGAGCUUUUCCUAAAUGGCAUGUCUAGUGCUACAUGUUUCCAGGGCUCACCAUCUUUAAAUGGGAAUUUUAACAUCUUAAAAUAGAAUCCUAGAAUGGUUUGGAUUGGAAGGAACCUUAAAGAUCACCUAGUUCUACCCCCUGCUGCCAUGGGCAGGAGCACUUCCACUAGACAGGGGAAUAAACUCAAAAAACAUUAUUAAAUUAAAAGACAUUUAUGGAAACACCUGAUUUUAUUACAAAAAGUACCUUAAGCAAGAUAUGAUCCUUAGCAGUAUAUUUUUGUGUGUAUCUCAAAAUAGCUUAUCGUUAUAGCUCACCAUAGAAAAUGAUGGAUGAAAGAGAAGAUUUGGUUGAAGAUCUGCUCACUGAGUAUGCCAUACAGCUUAGCAUCCAACAAUCGAAUGGGGCCAAACCACCAGUGUCUUCCAGCUGUAAUGACAGUUUUGUACCACCUAGUGAGGAAAAUAGGAAAAUUGUAACAUCCAUAAAGCAAGGUGAAGUAUUUGGGCUCCAAGAACUAGUGAAACAGAAAUAUGCUUUGGAUGAAGCUGAUGAAAGAGGGUGGUUUCCACUGCAUGAGGCUGCAGUUCAGCCUAUUCAGCAAAUACUUGAAACCAUUCUAGAUGCAUCUUAUAAAGCAAUGUGGGAAUACAAAACAUGUGAUGGAGAAACACCAUUAACUUUGGCAGCAAAAGCUGGCUUUGUGGAGAAUGUCCGAACAUUGUUGGAAAAGGGUGUUUGGCCCAAUACCACAAAUGACAAAGGAGAAACUCCACUUCUUAUUGCUGUAAGAGGGGGCUCUUUUGAAAUGGUGUCCACUCUGAUUAAGCACAACUGUAGUAUCCACCAGCCAUGUGUAAAACGUUGGUCAGCAAUGCAUGAAGCUGCAAAACAGGGGCGCAAAGACAUUGUUGCUCUUCUUCUGAAGAAUGGCGGAAAUGUGAACCUUAAGGAUGGAUAUGGAGUAACACCAUUAGGCGUAGCUGCUGAAUGCGGUCACUGUGAUGUGCUGGAGCAUCUUAUUCAUAAAGGUGGAGAUGUUCAGGCCUUAGCAGAUGAUGGUGCAUCAAUACUUUUUGAAGCAGCCGGAGGAGGUAAUCCAGACUGCAUAGCCCUUCUUUUGGAAUAUGGAGGAAGUGGCAAUGUGCCUACUAAGGCAGGACUGCUUCCCAUACACAAAGCAGCUUAUGAGGGGCAUUACCUGGCCCUGAAGUAUCUCAUUCCGGUCACAUCCCAAACUGCAAUACAAAAAAGUGGAAUAAGCCCUGUUCACUCAGCAGCAGAUGGCCAGAACUCACAGUGUUUAGAGCUCCUCAUUGAACAUGGUUUUGAUGUCAAUACUCUCUUGGCUGAACACAUUUCAGAUAGUUACGAUGACAAAAGGAAAACUGCACUUUAUUUUGCUGUUUCUAACAAUGACAUUCUUUGCACUGAAAUACUGCUCAAAGCGGGAGCAAAUCCAAACAAGGAUCCUUUAAACUGUCUUCUUGUGGCAGUGAGAGCUGGCAACCAUGAAACUGUAAGGCUGCUUCUAUCUUACGGAGCAAAUGUCAACUGCUACUUUAUGUUGGUUAAUGAUACACAUUUCCCCAGUGCCAUUCAGUAUGCUUUGAAUGAUGAGGUGAUGCUGAGGCUGUUGCUCAAUCAUGGAUAUAAUGUGGAGAUGUGUUUUGACUGUAUGCAUCAAGAUAUCUUUGGAAAUUCUUUUGUGUGGUCAACUCCAGAGGAAGAGAUUCUCCCUGGGUGGACUUCUUCUGUAAUAAAGGAUAAUCCAUUCUGUGACUUUAUUGCUGUUCCUUGGUUGAAACAUCUAGCAGGAAAAGUGGUUCGUGUUUUCAUAGACUACAUGGAUUAUGUUCCUCUAUGCACAAAAAUUAAGUUUGUCUUGGAAACACAGAAAGAGUGGACAGAGAUACGUCAAAUAUUGGACAAUCCUCGCCCACUGAAACAUCUCUGUCGCCUGAAAAUACGUAAGCUCUUGGGGUUAAAGAGACUGCAGCAACUGUCUUCCAUGAAGAAGUUUCCACUUCCACCAAUUCUCAAGAACUAUAUCCUAUAUAAAGAAUAUGAUCUGUAUGGAAAAGGGAUACAUUUAGAAUAGUUUGUAAAAAUAACUGCACACAGUCUGUAAUUUGACUCAUUUCCUCACUUUUUUUUUACUGGCUAAAGAGCUGUUUGUGUUUCAUAUUCAUUUACAACAUUCUCAUACUUGUUGUGAAUAGUUCUUUUAUGGGAACAAAUUUUUCUUCAGAACUAGUACAUUAAAGAUCAUGUUUUAGCACAACAUUGUGCUACCCAAAUAUAAACUAAAAUCAGAAUAAGGAUGCUCUAAUAAUUAUGUAGAACAGUACCCUCUAAAUGGGAAUUCAGAGGAAUAAAGGAUGAAAGGAUAAAAGAAGAAUUUUCAUGAUGGACUUCCCAAUGAAGAUGAUAAAUACAACUGAUGCUCUCACCUUGUGGCACUAGUUUAUUUAUAAAAGAAUAUAAAGGUCUAAUUUAGCUUGGCAAAGAAAAUUAAACCACUGAAUGCAGGUCUUUGCCAUGUAGUUGGCCCAAAACGUAGCACGUUUUGUACUUUGAAGAUCAUGGUCCUAUUAUAAAAUUCUCCAAACACUUACAAGAUUCUCUUUAGCUGUUUUUGCAAAGUAUUUCUUCCCAGGUAUGACUGCUGUGUGUGCCAGUACUGCAUGUUCAAGGCCUGGCAAAAUUUGAGGGACUUUAAGUAGGCUGUUUUAAAGAAAGAGUAGAUUCUGACAGAGAAACCAGGAAAUUGGGCAGCAUAUUCCCUCAAUUGAGAAAUGUUGCAAUGUCAUAACUUUAAUAAUGGUUCUCACCAGUUUUGAUAGAUCAGUUCUCCACCAGACUAAACAACACCCUCCGUCAUGCUGUGAUUCACUUGGCAGUAUGCUUCUGCACCUCUAAAUUAAAUCACAUCUGAUUAAAAAUUCUUUAAAUUACUCUA